AUGCAGAACGAAAUCAAUGACUUCCCAGACACUCCUUUACAAAAUCCACCUCCAAUUCAGACUAUUCCAUCAGAAAUCGAAGAAAAGUUAAUUACAGCGGAUUCUAUUACACCUGCAAUACCAACCCACGAAAUGGGAGAGAUUACAGUCAUUCAUCCAGAGGGAAUCGAGAAUCCUUACGUAAAUGACGAUACUCCGUACAACUGA